AUGUACUUCACCGCAGCCAUCAGCACUCUUUUCGCCACCAUGGCUCUUGCCGCCCCGGCUCCCGCCCCGGCCGAGACCAAGUCCAUGAUGGCCGAUGCCUCUUGGACCAUUGAGGGCAUGAAGCGCACCUGCACCAGCGACCUCAAGUCCUGCACUUGGGACUUUACCAUCAACACUCACUCGGGCACUCCCCAGGCCUGCUCGGGCAGCGUCACCGGCAGCCCGGCCACUCAGACCGACAUUACCACUGCCAUCAAGUGCGGCAACUUCCAGUGGACCGCCGGCUGGAGCAACCAGUUCGGCCCCGGCUUCACCACCUUGGCCGUCGUCGACAAUGUCAACAGGCUCAUUGCUUUCCCUGCCUACACGGAUGUCCAACUCGCCAACGCUACCGUCGUUACCCCCGACCAGAGCUACACUCCCCAGGCUCUGUCUUAG